UUGGUGUGCCUUUUUGGUCUUGGAACCUCUUCUUCCUGUGUUUUGGAUUGUUUUUUUACAUGUUUAGGUUUUAACCUCUUCCACUGAUAUGUAUAGAAACCAUCACAGCAGUCUCAGCCUUUGGGCAUGCAAACUUUUAGAUGAAGAAAACCCUCUGCUUGUUAGAUUCAUCUUGGAACAAAAGCAACAUUGCGUGGCUGAGCCAUGUAUGGGACCUCUAAGGCCAACACUGAUGGGUUCAUAGCUCAAACUGGAAAACCCCAUUAAUGUUGUAUGAAACAGCGUGUAGUAAAUGCCAACCUUAAAGAUAACUGAUUUUCUUUCUAACUUUUCUAAAUUUGGUGUGCAGAAGGUUUGCGUUGACAUAAUCAUGUGUCUGUAGGUACAUAUAUGUACACACAUGCUCUAAAACAUAAAUGUUGAUGACAGAACAAACAUCACUUAUUAUCAUAGCAAAAAGCCAAAAUGUGGUUAUGGACAUUUUCCUUUUUUGUUUAGAAAGGUUCCUUUGUAUUGGAAUCUGUAGAAAGCUAAUACAUAUUUCUGUUAUGAAAUGACGUUGUAGUGCAUAGAUGUAAUUGGUGCUUUAACUUCCAAGUGUAAAGACAUUCCAGCUCUAAUGAACGGGACUUUAAGGAGCUAAGACUGGUCUUGUAUAUUGCAGCUGAAUUAAAAAGAGCACUUGUUCUUCCCAGAGGAAAGACAAAUAAUUAGUGUGUUAGAAUUUGAGUAGUAAUACAAAAGGUGCUAAAAAAUUACCUUGAAAUUAGUUUAAGUUUUUUUGACCUAGUAAGAUACUUUAACAUCCCCAAUAUUGAAAAAAAAAUUAGAAAGAACAACUUGUAUUCUUAAGGUUUAAAUUUCAUAAGUGGAAUACAGUAUGCAACUUUUAAAAUAAAGAAUUCUCAAGACAUUUUUCUGAUUUUUGUUUUUCCUGUCUUUACUUUCCAAUUGACCAGAAAUGUGCUGAAACAGACACUACAGAAGGAGGCUAAAGAUACGAGUUUUAUCCGCUCCAGCGUGCUUAAGAGAGCACUUGCUCUCCCUGUCUCCAGAGGAUUUACCACAAUGAAUCACCUGGGGACAGCGGAUGCUGAGGAUGACUCUGGAUCACAGACCCGACUCGCUCCCAGCCCUCACAGUGAAGCAGUUGCACAUGAGUUCAAGGAACUCUCACUGCAGCCCAGUCAGUACUUACCUCCUCUCAAUGAACGGAAGAAUGUACUUCAGCUGAGACUACAACAAAGACGGACACGAGAACAACUGGUGGACCAGGGCAUCAUGCCACCCUUGAAAAGUCCAGCUGCAUUCCAUGAGCAGAUAAAGAGCCUGGAGCGAGCCAGGACUGAGAAUUUCCUGAAGCACAAGAUUCGCAGCAGGCCAGACCGCUCUGAGCUUGUCAGAAUGCACAUCCUGGAAGAGACCUUUGCGGAGCCUUCGCUACAAGCCACUCAGAUGAAACUGAAGAGAGCUCGCUUGGCAGAUGACCUGAAUGAGAAGAUUGCUCAGAGGCCUGGCCCUAUGGAACUGGUAGAAAAAAAUAUUCUUCCUGUAGACUCCAGUGUUAAAGAAGCUAUUAUAGCAGUUGGACAAGAGAAUUAUCCUCAAGCUUUGGAUGAUUAUUCCUUUGAUGAAGACAGCAGUGAUGCUUUAUCACCAGAUCAGCCAGCCAGCCAAGAAUCCCAGGGUUCAGCAGCUUCCCCUGGUGAGCCAAAACCAAGUGACUCACCAUCACCAGUGACACCAAAUGCUGCUACAUCCACACAGUAUCCACCUUUAACCUCUCCAGUUCCUGAAUUUCUCAAAACUCCCUCUACAAUUGAACAGCAUGUUACACGUUCUACUGCUACAACAACCCUGACCACAAAUACUGUAUCUGCAGCAAAGCCUGGGCCAACAUUAGUAAAGCAAAGCCACCCAAAGAACCCAAAUGAGAAGCAUCGGAGCAAGAAAUGUAAAGAACCUAAGCCAAGGGUGAAAAAAUUGAAGUAUCAUCAGUAUAUUCCACCUGAUCAGAAAGGUGAGAAAAAUGAGCCACAGAUGGACUCCAACUAUGCUCGUCUGCUACAACAGCAGCAACUGUUUUUGCAGCUGCAGAUCCUGAGCCAACAGCAACAACACUACAACUACCAGACAAUUCUACCUGCACCGCUGAAGCCACUGAAUGACAAGCAGAGUAACAACGGGAACACGCCACUGACUAAUUUGAACAGCAGCACACCCACCUCAGCUGCCAGCUCCCCAAGACAGAACACUAAUAUUCCUAGCCGGAAACCAGGACCUCUGCCUUCAAGCUUGGAUGACUUGAAGGUAGCUGAGCUUAAAAUGGAGUUGAAAUUGAGGGGAUUACCAGUGUCAGGAACAAAAACAGAUCUUAUUGAGCGUCUGAAAACCUAUCAAGAUCUUAAUAACAAUGGGGUUGCUACUAGUAGCUCUGUUACAGCAGCCACCUCUACUGGGGCCACAGGUAACACUGGGGAAGUGUCUGUGUCAUUUCCUGUUGCAACACUAAAUAAACCAGCGGCUAACACGGUAUCCAGCUUUCCUCCAGAAAAAACAUCUACUGGACCUGGCUGCAAAGCAGUGAAUACAGAAAACAUUAGCUCUCCUUUGCCUGUAUCUCCCUCUCCUUCAGAACAAUCUAGUCUAAGCACAGAUGACACUAGUAUGGCAGAUACUUUCACAGAAAUGAUGACCAUGAUGUCACCAUCGCAGUUCUUAAGUACUUCGCCGCUAAGAGCAAAUACAGCUGAUGACAACCAGAAUCGAAGUAGUGGAAACAUCUCAACCAUGGAGUUUGAUGUAGCAGAAAAGGAUCGAAAGCUUCAAGAAAAAGAAAAGCAGAUUGAAGAGCUCAAAAGGAAACUGGAACAAGAGCAAAAACUUGUGGAAGUCCUGAAAAUGCAACUUGAGGUUGAAAAACGGGGACAACAGCAACAGUCUCAGACUUCUGGUAACUCAGCUGCUUUGGAACAGAAGCAGCUCAGUACUGCUGUCAAAGAUGAAAAUGCCCUUACUGAUUGCUCUAGUAGCAGUCAAUCUGUACCUGUAGCUAGUCACUCUUUAGGACAAUCAGUAUAUACUAGUAGCCAGAAUCCAGUUGCCAAAAAGGCAGUUGUUAUCAAGCAGGAGAUACCUGUGGCCAAAGCUGAACCUCAGAAUGCCAUUUCUCAAUUUUAUGUUAAUCCACAGCGGCAGCCACAAACUGCAGUUGUUGCCCAGCCUCAAGCUUUAUUAACUACCCAAGGAACUGCACAGCUGCUCCUUCCUCUGUCUAUCCAGGGACCGAAUUCUACCACUGCAGUGCAGCUACCAGUUGGAAAUAUAAAGUUGCAGGCUCAAUCACAAGCUGGAAUACAGACCCCAUCACAAAUACCUGCUCCUGUUUCUUCCUCUGGCGUGGUCCAGACAGCACCUCAGAUGCAUACUCCACAAUCAAAACAAAACACCAUCACGCAGCACGCACUUGGUCAUACGCAACAAAUCAGAAAGGUUUUUCCACCCACCACAUCAAAUACAGUAUUUUCCUAUCAGACUGCACCAGUUACAACACCUUCACAAUCUUUUAUUAACGAGACAUCAAACUCUAACAUUCACACUGGUGGUAACCAGGUCCCCUCUGUGCAGAAUGGACCUGCAACUCCUAAUAAGCCUGGUUCUCCAUCUCAAGCCCAGCCUUAUAUUGUUCAACAAACCCUCUUCAACAACACAGUAUCCAAGACAAAAGAUCCUCCUCGGUAUGAAGAGGCCAUAAAACAGACCCGCAAUAUUCAGACAUCGCACCGUGAGAUUUCCAGUGCGCACAGUCAGCAGAUGGAUGAUCUUUUUGAUAUUCUCAUCAAGAGCGGAGAGAUUACCCUUCCAAUAAAGGAGGAACCAUCUCCCAUUUCUAAAAUGAGACCAGUAACAGCCAACAUCACUACAAUGCCAGUGAACACAGUGAUAUCCCGCCCACCACCACAAAUACAAAUGGCCCCUCCUCCUGUGUCAUUAGAACCAACCACCAGCUUGUCUAUAAGUUUGGAAAACCAACUUGAAGCCCUCUUGGAUGGAACUUUACCAUCAGGUAAUGAAAUUCCUCAACUGACAAGCAGUAAUGAGGACAGAGAGUCAUUUUCUUUGAUUGAAGACCUCCAGAAUGAUCUACUUAAUCACUCCAGCAUUUUAGAUCACUCUCAUUCACCCAUGGAAACAUCCGACCCCCAGUUUACCAGUAAUAAUUCCUGCCUGUCUCUUGACCUUCCUGAUGCGAAUUUGGACAAUAUGGAAUGGCUAGACAUCACAAUGCCCAGCUCCUCAUCGGGACUCACUCCUCUCAGUUCUACUGCCCCCAGCGUGUUUUCCACUGACUUUCUAGAUCCGCAAGAUCUACAGUUGCACUGGGAUUAAGCUGUAGCCAAUGAGAACACAACCUGUGAGUCUCUUUACAGCAGAGGUCCAUUAUUAUAUUAUUCUGAUUGCAGUUAAGAUAAAUUAAGACAGUAAUAUUUGGAAGAACAAAUGCUUGAAGCUAAUUCCAUACUGAUUUUCAAGUUUACAACAGUGAAUUACUUUAUGCUCCUAGCAGUAAUGCAGAUCAGGGCCCUCUGAAAGCUGUAUUUCAUAAUUCAAGAAAGGAUGAUUAUACUUACUGAUUAAAAGUACCCCAAGGUAAAAUACAUCACAGAUAUUUAAGAAAGAAGUUAUGUCUUUGACUUUAUAAUGCUUAAAUGAGAAACACAAUGUGGCUAAACUUAGAGAAGAAAAAGUCAGAUUUCAACCGACUGUAUUAACACAGUGAGCAAAUGUUUGGGGGAGGGGGAGGUAUCGCUGCACUUCAUUGUUCCUGUGGAUAGCCUGAGCCAGGUUCAAAAUGAAUUGUGAGGGCAAAGGCAAGUAGAAGCACUGGCUGGUUCAGUGAAAUUUCAUAUAUCUAGUCUCUUAAUUUGUUCAAUUGUUUUUAUAUUUUGGUUUUGUGGUUUUUUUAAACUCUUCCCCUAUACUUUAAUCAUGAGGGAAGAAUUUAACCGCAUUCAAAGGGAUAUUAAGUGUAACUGCAAGAAAUCCACUGUAGCUACGCCAGGUAAUAUUGAGAACACUGAAUUUUCUAUAGUGAUGCUCUGGAUUUAAUAACUAGGUUUUAAUCUGUAUAUCAGACAGUUAUUUGUAUACUCUUUUAACUUUGUAUAGUUUAUUUUUGCAAACAGAGGGGAACAGUGGUCUUCAAACAAGAGAUUACUGUAAUGGAAGUAAUAAAUAUCCUAAUUUACUGUGUGCUUGAGGAUAUUUGUUAGAUCGUUGAAUCCAGUAUCUCAGCAUAUUAGAACAGUUUGAGGAAGUAGAAAAGUUCAACUCAUGCUGUUGUGCAUUAUGAUCCUGCAAGCAUCUAUCCCAGUGCCCUCAAUAAAAGAUGUUUGCAGGAUCAGACCGAGUUGCAGGGACAGUACUGACAGGACAGCCAUCAUUUCUUAUUGAAUACUUUAUCUGUUGAACAGCUUUGUCUACCACUACAUAACAUCAGGGAAGCUAAACAGAGAAGCUGCUCAGUGAGAAUCCUAAAUAGCAGUAUCAGGAUGUACUGUUUCAUGGUAAGACAUAUUUCAUACCUGAAAUAGAUAAUUGCAAAAAUUAAGCUCUUACCUCAAAGCACAGCACAUGGAAAUACUAUUUUUAAGCCCUUAGUAAUUUUUUUCAGUCUAUUAUGCAUGCAGGUGGAAGAAAAAAAAAACAACACAAAAUGCAAACAGAAGUAAAAUACUCUGACAUUUUAUGCUUGUCUCUCAGGUGAUAGCUGUUAAAUGUUGCCAUAGAUGAUGUAGGCUGAUAAUCAGAUAUAAAAUUGGAAUUAUUUCCUACUAGGGAUUUCCUAAAUUAAGAUAAAUUCCCCUAUUUCCUGAACAGUGGAAAUGGGAUCGUAUUUUCUAGUCUGAAAACUGAGCUCAUUGCAGAAUUCCUUCCUCACCACUAUCUUUCAAAAAUUAAAUUUUGUAGAAACUAAUGGAAAAAAGCCCUGAAGCUUUUGUUUACUUCUUAGAGUAAUGAUGUGUGUCAGAGUAUGAAAGAAAUAAUGAAAACAGAAAGUAGCUGUUAACUAUUUAACGACCUCUGUCACAUUUUAUGAAAAUCACUACAGUGUCAUGGUAACAUGAAGCAAAAUACUGUUGUCAGAAAGUGUUGUGGAAUUAACUGCAAAUUUAUGUCUCCAGAUGCACAAUGCAGCCUGGUUUACUAAUAUUACACAAUUCCAUUGGCUUCAGAUAAAAUAGUGGAUUAUAUCAGUGGCUUAGGGUUUAAACUGGCAUCAUAUGUUUGCGUCAUAUCCAGCUACCAGCACUUUAAACCAUUAUGUAUCUUCAGUAGUUUUACAGGCCAGGAUUUACUUUAAUCUAAAACUAAGUAAAGAAAAACAAUCUGUGGAGAUUUUCACAACAAAAGAUGAAGCUGAAAGACAUCCUUCCUUAGUGCUUCUUGCUGUGCCUACAAUACUUGAGUACAAUAUUACACAUGGACUGUCUGCCUUAAAAUUUCAUAGUAUAGGACUCUCCAGUAACGCUGAACAAACACAUUCAACUUUUUGCAUUCCUUUUCAUCAUAUGAUCUUUGGAGCUAAUACUCUGAGAUACUAAGUGCCCUCAACUGUUAAGAGAAUAGCAAUUAAGGACUCUUGGUCUGAUAGGACAACUUUGAAUGAAAUUUAGUGUUCUGCAGUACUGUCAAUUUAUUGUGUGUAAUACACCAGAUAUCAUACCACGUACAUGUGGUUAGAGUUAGCCCUUUUUGACCCUGCCUUCUGAUUAAGAAGCAAGUAAAUUAAUUUUUAGAGGACAGAUAAACCUAGAGCAACUGUACUGUCAUUUUGAUGUGCAUGUAAAUAGAGCUUAAAACUGGCAAAGUCAUCUUGCUACAAAACUAUCCUUAUUGACAGUGUAGAAUGUUAACUAAUCCAUAGGAAUCUGUGUGCAGAAAUAAACCCAAGCAGGUGAGAUGUGUUGUUAUCAGUACAGCAUAGCUUUCUACUCUAUUUGAAAAAAAGAAAAAAAAAAAUUAAAAAAUUAAGGGAUCAUUUUUGUUUCUGAAGUACAAAUACUCUAGUGUAGGGAAUGUGUGAUUAUUUUUUUGUACAUUUCAGACUUGUGUAUUAAACCUUAUAUAUAAUGGUUUGCUUUAGACUUUGUUCUGAAAUGUGUAUUUGCCAUAGUUACAAUGCCUGUUAUGGCAGAAAUAGGUUUGCUUAAGACUUCUGUGUGUGCAUGCUUUACAUGACAAUUUUUGUCACACAAGUACAAUACAUCUUUAGAAAUUUAAUCAUGACCGUGCAGUUCGAAUGACUGUGCAGAACUAAAUACUUCUCAUUAAGAGAACAGUUGCAAAAGGAAUGCACUGGCACUAAAUUUGCCAUGUAAUGGCUGCAGUAUACUGAUGGAACAUAUCCCAUCAAAUGUGUUGUUAGUAGAUCCUUCAAAGUAAUUAGGAAUGCCAUUUUAUCAGUGUGAAAAUCAAAAGUUGGCGUUUACACUUCUAGACACUGAGAGAGCUCAGACAUGUUUGGCAAGUCAAGAGUGACAUCCUGCAUUUAAUACAGAAAUGGUAUUGGUUAUGCACUUUUUGUGCCAUUCAGCAUUAGUUAAGGCAAGUAAGUUUACAGGCAAUUUUUUUUUUAACAUUAUAAAUAUUUCAGAAAUCUUGGUGUCAUAAAUAUAGCAGUUCUCUCUGAGAAUAAAAUGUAUUUAUGGCAGUGGUUCGCUACAGAAAUUUAGAGUCUAAUCCAGCAAUGUGGGCUUGCAGAAUCAGACCUUUAAAAAGUUGAGGCAACAGCUUGCCACAGCGUUUAGAAAUAAUCACUACUUAAUAAUGAAAUUUCUUUCCAAGGUACUUCUAAAUUCACCACCAGGAGUUAUGUUCAAGGAAGCAGGUGAUCAAGAUGGAAGUUUCAAUGUUAAAAUUGAAAUGUAUUGCGAUGUUAUGUAUCUCAAACAUUCAGAUGCCUGAAAAGCACAGGCACUGUAGUUGGAAACCAGGCACAAGCUGCUGAACUGUUUCAAGACAGAGAAAAUGCAAUCACAGAAUACAUGUAACUGGAAGGGCAUUAUUGAAUCAAACUCAGUACAGCUCACCAAUGUAAACUAUUGUUAUUUGGAUGACAUCUUCAGUGUAUUAUAAACUUAAAGCAAAUCCUAUUAAAACUGGAAAAAAAAAUUCUUUCAUUUAUCUCUAGUUAAUGAUCUGUUGAAACUUUAUAUUGUGGUCUAUUAAGUCACCUUUUGAUGACUUAUAGACCAUACUACAGAUGGCUUUUAACACGAGAUAAUGUGGAAUGGAGUUGCAUAUAGUAUACACAUAGCCAAUAAAGAGCAUACAUAAAAUCUGAAGUAAUCUCAAAUAUUCCUUUUAUACCAAUUCGCUAGGAAUAAAUAAAAAGUGCAAAAAACAGACACGUACAUCAUUCUGUAGUGUCCAUACUGACUAAAGACUUUUUAAGUUAAAAGUGCAUAUUUUUAGAAAUCUAGCCAAAAAGCCAUUCUAGCUAUGAGAGAAAAAUCUCAAUAAAAAGCAGGGAAUGGUUAAUAACUAUAUAAUAACACUAUUUUUAUAAAAAAUACAGCUCAGAUAUUCAAAAGACAGCCUAAAAUAAAUUAUUAUAAUAUAAAAAUUUAAAUAGGAACCAAAGUAUUGCCAUUUAUAUUGCCAAAGGAGGCACUUUGUAUUUUGAAGCAUAGGAAAUUAAGUCCCCAGAAGUAUUAUCCAUACUUUUUUUAAAAUUAAGGAUGUAGAUAUUUUGAAAGCUGGUUUUGAUGUUUAACAGUACAGAUUUGUUUUUGUUGUUUGAGAAAUUUGUAGUAAGUACUAGCACAGGCUUUUUUCCAGAUAGGAUUUUUCUUCACAGUACUGCUUGCAGUAGAAAUAAUGCUAACCCUAGUAGGUGUUUCUCUUCUUAUUUUCAUAGUCAUAAUUAUGUCUUAGCAUCUCAUUUUGUGGAAAGAAGAAGAUAGACACCUGUCUCUAGGGCCCUCUUCAUUUAAGCACUACUUUACUAAAUGCAGAUUAUGGCAAUCAGGGCGUCAGUUUAUGUAUUGCCUUUCUAUAAGAAACCAUGAUGCCUUUGUAUUUGCUGUUUGCACCCCUAAAAUCAAUUCCAUAUGUUUGAAUGCCAUAUGUUUUGCACAUUGUACUGUAUAUAUGUAAUGCAUACUGUAUUUUUAUAUGUGUACUACAUUUAUCAAAUAUUUUGUACAUAGUGGCAAUAUUGUAGCUACCGAGGAAAUGUUUGAUAUUUCAGCAUUUUUGCUAAGUGUCUCAAAUAAAAAACGAAAACUGUG